UAAGUCUAUUGCCAACAAUAAGGAUGUUUGUAAACUCAAGUUUUGGGAAGCGUUUACUACUGAAAUACCCUUAAAGGAAAAGGGUACCUUUCAAAGAGAUAAAACACCAUUCAUAACUUUUGUAUUAGGAAGCUGGAAGACAUAGGGAUGUAAUUCGUGUCUUAACAUUUCUUAAUGGAAUGUCAUCACAGUUCCUUGUUGGAAAAAUGGCACGCACAGAAGGAAAAAAAAAAAGGAAAGAGAAAGUAUAGUUCAGUCCAUCAUUUAUUGCGCAAGUUAGCUGAACAUGACUUUUGGUGGAACUAUUGUUUUUUUAGAGGUUAAUAAUUUUUUGAAUGAUGUAAAUAAAUAUUUAAGAAAAUAUGCAUUGGUUGCCUUGCCCUUAUUCUUUCUGUACUCCUCGGCCUCCGGAGGGUGGGAUGCUUGCUGUGCCGCUUUUGGUAAGCUCUUUCAUUACAACGUUGAGGCUUUGGGAUCUCAAUUGGCUGCAUUUGGUACUUUCAGAAGAGGAAGUCCUGCUGGUUUCGGGACUUCCUUUUGGUGGGACGAUGGUGGCAUCUUGGAUGUGGCACUUUGAUCCAAAGGGUUUUCAUUCUGUGCACAGUGGGUACCGGUUGUUUAUGUUUCAUCAUAACAUGAUUGGGUGCUCUGAUUCCUCUGUUACUAAACAUUGGUGGAUUCGUUUGUGGAAGUUGAAUAUCCCGGCCAAAAUCAAGAUUUUGAUGUGGAGGGCUUUUCAUAUGAUAUUACCGGUGCUUACUUGUUUGGUUGAUAGGCGGAUGGAUAUCUCUCCUCUUUGUCCUUAUUGUGGGAAACAUCCUGAAACCAUCACUCAAGUGGUUUUUGGUUGCAGGCUUGCAAAGGAGUUGUGGAAGUGUUUUUUGCCAGUGGUGUUGUCUGGUAGAAAUUAUUAUUUUGAUUUUUCUGAUUUUUGUGUUGUGCUUGCGGAUUCCCUUUCUCCUCUGGAUUUUUCUUUAUGGUGUAUUGGUUGUUGGGGAUUAUGGGAUGAUCACAAUGAUUUUCGUGUUCGUGGUGUUGUGCCGGAUGUUGAUGCGAAGUGUUGGUGGUUAUCUUCAUAUGUAAGAGGCAAUGGAAGUAGUAAGCACAAGGAAUUUAAGGUGUGGCCCUCAAAUUUCAGUUCAGCAUGGUCUUUCAGCUCGGGGUUGUUUUGUGCUCUCGGAUGCAGCAUCCUCGCCAGGCUGGAAUAUUUGGGGUGUUGGUGUGGUGAUUGUUGAUGCAAAUGGGGAUGUACUGGGGGCUACGGCAAAACAAUUUUCUUCUUUGAAUAGUCCACUGCUCUUGGAAACUUUAGCCAUUAAAGAAGGGAUUAGUCUUGCCUCUGCUCCUCAUCUUGGAGAUGUAGUUGUUUUUUCAGAUUGUCUGGGUUCUGUUCAAUUAAUUCGGGAAGUGCUACAUCUAUUACUGAUGUUGGAGUUUGGGUGUAGGAGAUUCAGGAUGGGAGAAAAGGUUUUUACUAAG